AUGGACGAAGUGGCUUUAAUAUCGUUUGUACAACAAUAUGAGGAGUUGUGUAAUUUGCGACAUCCCCACUAUAUGAACCAGCAAAGACGGGACAACAUAUGGGAAGAAAUUGGGGAACAAAUGAAUGAUACUGGGUCAGUAUGUAGAGAAAGACGGACUAGAAUACGAGAAAAUUAUAGAAAGGCGUUGAGUUUAAGAAAGACCAAAAGUGGUCAAGCCGCUAACAAAUUAAAACCGCCUAAAUAUAACAAAGAGCUAAGCUUCCUCUUUCCCUAUAUAAACGAUGAAGAACAUGGAGUUUCAAAUAUAUCAGUACCAGCACGAGAAACGCCCUCUUCAUUUGUUUCUCCACAUUCAGAAUCUGGAGAUGAUUCCCGACAUUCAGAAUCGCCGUUACCGAGAUACACUCCGAUUCGCCCCAGUAGUCGUACGUCAUCGCACAGAUCCACAGGCAAUCCUACCACUAGUGUAGCAACAGUAGUAAAAGACUAUUUGGCCGAACAAAAACACCAGUCACAUACUUCUGCGCAAAAACUGGAAACGCUAAAUGAAAAGGAUGCUACUUCUGUACCUAUUGAAACGGUUCACUCCCCUGUAAUGGACCUCUUUACCUUGCCGCUAAAUCCAGUACAAAAUACUACAAUCGUUGAAUCCACUAUAUCUGGACAGCCUCAUUUCACCAAUAAAGAAAUUCGCUCUCGACAACAAACUUCAUAUAUUUCACCGACCACCUCAGCUAUAACACCUGCAGUGUCUCAUUUCACUAAUGCUAAAACUGAACGACCACCUAUUGCACCGACCACAUCGACUGUCACAUCUGGAGUGUCUCAUCAUACAAAUACAGAGACUGUACAUUCAAGUAUUACACCGACAACUUCGACUAUGACGAAUGAAGAGUCUCGUAUUACGAACGAAGAGAUUCUGCAUUCAAAUAUUACUCUGACGAUUCCGCGUCAAGUAAUGAGACCAAUACUUCCUACACAUCAGAUAACAAUAUUAAACGACCAGGUUCUCAAUGCAUCCUAUGAUAAUGAUAGCUGUGAGGUGGAUGAAGAACUAAAGAAAUACGUAGUAUUUAAAUAA